AUAGACGCUAAUUGCCACAACACUAAUUCCUGUACCAAAUAUAAGCUAUACUUUAACCUACUACAACGCAAGAUUGCUAAAUAUAAGAUUAACGCUAAGCACACGUACAAUAUAGAUAAGAAGGGCUUCAUAAUUAGGGUUACCUUAAGAACAAAACACGUGUUUAGCAGGCGUAUGUGGGAGAAAAAGGAGGUUAAAGCAUUACUUCAAGAUGGCAAUUAUGCCUACAUC